CUUGGUAAUCUCGAACCUUCUCGCGAGGAUAUACAAAGACCGCCAUCUUGACCGAGGCAGUCAACGUGUUUGAUCGCCUAAGAAAUCGUUAUCUGAAUGUUUUUCUAUCUCCUGAGUUACUAGUGUUGCAGAUAAUGUCCAGAUAUCGGGGAUCAAGUGUGGAGGGAAAGGUUUACGUUGGAGAUCUCUCCCCUGAUGCAUCAGAAAAGGAAAUUGAACGAGCAUUCAGCUAUUAUGGACAUCUUCGAAAUGUCUGGGUUGCUAGGAACCCACCUGGAUUUGCAUUUGUAGAAUUUGAAGACUACAGGGAUGCAGAGGACGCGAUUAGAGCUUUGGAUGGGACGGUCAUAUGUGGAAAUCGAGUACGGGUGGAAUUGUCAACUGGGAAAGUGCGGCCCAAGCCAUGGUUGAGAGGUGGUCGUGGUCCUCCACGUGCUAGGAGGGCAUUUCACCCAGAGGACCGAUGUUAUGAAUGUGGUGAUCGUGGGCACUAUGCCUAUGACUGUCACAAAUACCGCGGUGGUGGGAGCCGUAAAAAGUCUUCACGCAGAUCACGCUCGCGCUCAUACAGCCACUCUAAAAGCCGCAGUCGAUCUCGCUCUCGAGGGCGCAACUACACACGAAGCAGGACACGUAGUCCUACAAGAAGCAAGACACGUAGCAGAAGUCCUGUAGAUCGAUCAAGAUCUCGAUCACGCUCACGCUCAAGAGGUAACAACUCACCCGAUGCAGAAAACAGCGAUAAUUAAAUCCUCAUGUAAUAUGGCAGAUGAAACUUGCUCCUACAUACAUAAUUCAUGCUGCUGCAGACCCUGCAUUUUCCAUGGGUAUGCUGUGUUCAUCAUUGACAGGACAGUUGUUUUAUCUUGCAUCAUUAAUCGUGAUGGCUAGAUUUCAUAAGUCAUGGCUUCAUCAUUUUGUUUCUUUUUACGUUUGGACUUUUUAACAAAAUAAUUUUAUCAUGCAUCACAUAGAUGUUAAAAAGUGAAAAAUAAAAUACAUGAAGCAUUA